AUUGGGACCGUACAGGUUAACCAAAAUAAAGUUUUGCUUCAUCAGUGAGGUGUGGAUUAUUAUGAAUCUCCCAACAGGAUCAGUAUUAACUUUUUUUAUACAGAUAGGCAAAGAUUUAUGAAUYCAAAAUCGUCACCCCCCCUAGCAUGUGGAGAAAAUUAGCCUGAAAAUACUUGACCUGGCCAUCUUUUUCUUAGUCUUGUAAUUUCAUUUGUGUUUCUUGAAUAAAAAACACUUUUGCCUGGUUUUGUUUAAGUCUAUUCAUUACUUUCUUGAGUUGGAUCCAUUUUCUAAGACCUCUUACAUUCCAGGAGAUCUCAUCAAUGAUGGCCUCGGGACUCAUUCGCUCCAUAUCUUUAGUUUUUUUGUCUUGCAUUUUGCACCUUGAGAACACUAAACAUUUACAAACAUAAAAAACUUUCUUGAGAUUCCCCACCAGUGGACAUCUCCGACUCCACUUCCCCUCUAUUCUGUGCCUUGGUUAUGCUACUGAUGCUAGAGAAACAGCAGGAGCAGAGAAAACGUCCACUUAGUCAACUCGCACCACCAUUUUAAACUAUGAACCCCGAUGAUGCUAUUAAGAAAUUACGCCCCACCGCUGUGAUAGGGAAACUUAGUCGAGAUGUUCAUUAUCCAGAAACACCGAUCAAAUUUAGUGUUAAUCAUUAUCAAACCUUGCUAACGCCAUUUAGCGUGUUAGUGUGGUUACCCGCCAGUUUGUCCUAUUUUCCGUAUAAAUUCCUCCAUCGGAGUGUGAAAGAGGAAACGAUUCCCACGGUGGAAGAUCCUCAUCUUUGCUGGGAAUAUAAGUCCAAAGUUUAUAUUCAGCUAACGGUUUCACUGUUGUUUCGGUUGCUUUACCACCUCCGCGGACAGAUCAGGGAAGAACGUCACAUGGCAGCUAUUGAACAUCACCUUUCCUUUCAGACGGGCUGCUGUCAUCWCUCAUCUUGUCUUGUUGAGUCUUAUCCGUCUUUGUUGGGAUUUGAGAUUCCAGAGAUUGACGGUUCACCUGUUGAUGAGACCUGCAAGAUUUUUGACACGGGAUCCAACGUCAGUCCAACAACAACCAAAGCAACAACCAGCCCUGCCACCGCAAAGCAGGUCAUCACAACCCAAAAGCCCGUGGUCCGAUCGUCGGCAAGGAAGCCGGUAACCAAGGCGCCGAUCAGGAAACAACCAGCUGCUGGAGGACCAAUCAGAAACCACAACACCAACCAAGCCCUCAGACUCCUCCACCAGCUGCUGGCCAAUGGCAGAGGGCGUUCGGCUGGCUCCCAGCCAAUGAGGAGCCUGAAUGUGAUGUCGAGCAGUGAGGAGUCAGCGCCAGCCUGGAGGCUGAGGGCCAUUACGUCAGAAGAUUCAAGUGAUGAGUCGUAGGAUUAAACCAGGAGUAUGUUUA